AUGGUGAUAAUCGAAGAGCUAGAGGAGAUGGAGUACAUUACAAACAAUGAAGAUCUGGAGGUAUUGGAGUUCAUUACGAACAAUGAAGAUCUGGAGGAGAUUGAAUUCAUUACGAACAACGAGGAUCUAAAGGAGAUGGAGUUCAGCAUGAACAAUGAAGAGGUGGAGGAUAUGGAUUUUAAUAUGAACAAUGAAGGGAUGGAGGAGAUGGAGUUCAGUAUGAACAAUGAAGAGAUGGAGGAGAUGGAUUCGAACUCUUGUUUUCCAGGAACAGUCGCGGAUUCUGUCUUACAAACAAAUCUUGAACAAACAACAACACUUGCCACAGAAUCAAGUAUUUCCACCAGAAACAAGAAAGAGCUGACAGAUGAACAACGGUUAUCUAUUUUUCAUUUCUUAUUGAAGGAUAGAAACAAGGGAAGACUUCGAAAGGGCUCGGUUCCAAGGGAAGCACAACUAUUUUCAGUAUCAGAAUCCACAGUAAAGCGUACAUGGAGACGAGGAAAAGAGUAUGAAGCAAAGAAUAUACCUGUUGACAUGUCUUCAAGAAAACCAACCAGAGUUGGUCGUAAAGCUAAGAAGGUUGAUUUGAUCAAGAUUAUGGAAAUACCGUUGCGACAACGCACAAAAUUAAGGUCCCUUGCUGAAGCUCUAGACAUGCCCCUGUCAACUGUACAUAGACAGGUCAAGAAAGGAGCGAUUAGAAAACAUAUGAAUGCAAUAAAACCAGCCUUCACAGUUGACAUUAAGAAAAAACGGUUGGAGUUUUGUUUGGAAAUGCUAGAGACAAUCCAAAACAAGUAUACUUUGAUGGUCAAGGACAUGCAUAAUGUGAUACACAUCGACGAGAAGUGGUUUUUCAUGACUAAAACCAUGGAAAAUUACUACCUUCAUCCGGAAGAAACCGAACCCCAUCGUACAUGUCAAAGCAAGAGAUACAUUAAAAAGGUAAUGUUCUUGGCAACAGUAAGUCGUCCAAGAUUUGAUGAAUUCGGAAAUGAAAUCUUCGAUGGGAAACUAGGCAUAUUCCCCUUCAUUGCUAAGGAGGCAGCAAAGCGAACUAGCAAGAAUCGUCCAGCUGGAACACUUGAAGAUAAAACCCAUUAUAGUUGA